UGGGAGGUCCUCCAUUCACCUGACUGGUCAGCCAUGAACACAGAACAUCCUUGGGAACACUACUCAACACAUUAAAGAUGAUGUUGGUGACCCUCACGACUGUGCUGCCAGAGUGGAUGAAGUCCGUAAGCCAUGACCCGACCUCUCAGACACACCCAUUGAUAAUGCUUAUCUUUUUUGUGUGGAUACCCUCACACCUAUCUACUCCGGCAGCUGAACUGUUUUCGCUCACUGGAGCCUGUAUUCCAGCCCCACAUCGGUCUGUUAAUAUCUCCGCAGACAGGAGAUGUGCCUUUGGGGUCGUGCAUGUUUUUGGUACUCUGUGGCGCCAGCAGGGAUUCUUUACAGCAUCUGGUAAGACAACCUGUUACUCUAGGUUAGUUGCUAAUCUACUGGACUCUGUCCUACUAACAGACUCUAUAUCUGUGUGCGAAUGUCAGGCUCAUACUAAUGCCUCUGAUUCCGUCUCCAAAGGUUACGCUGCUAAAGCUGCUGCCACGUCUCCUGUCUCCCCCAUUUUGCAGAUGGUUUCUCUGCCUCCAACUGAUGUUUUCUCUUGUAAUGACUUUUCUGACUUACAAUCAGGUGCUGACACUGUGGAGGUCUCUCGUUGGAAGCGGUUGAAAUGCUUGCCUCAUGUUGCAAAGUUGACACAUGGCCAAGACCAUGUUUCCAAGGGUGGGGUUGUGAAUAUUGUACAUAACUUUUGGUUUGCACCAGGAUUUUCCCUAUAUGCUGAAAAUGUCUGUGCAAAAUGUGUGAUUUGUAUGACACACAAUGUGGGUAGGGACACACCGAUGCCAACGUCAGCCCACUCAAGGCCUGAGGGGCAAUUUGAGCACUUUAUGAUGGAUUUCAAUGAGUUGACUCCAUGCCAGGGAUACAACUAUUGCCUGGUAAGGGUGGAUGCAUUCUACAAGUGGGUAGAAGCAUUUCCAUGCAAACAUGCCUCAGCCAUCGCUUGUGUGAUUGAAUGCAUCUCCACUAGUCCGAAGACAGAUCUACGCACACAUUGUAGCUAUCAUCCAGCCAGUGGUGGCUUGGUUGAGAGUGCUAAUCAGACUCUAAAAACCAAAUUUACUGAAUUGAUGGCUGAGACAGGGUUGUCAUGGGUAACAGUGAUGCCACUUGCCUUAAUGUACAUGCAAGGCAGAGAGCAUCGCACUAUGGGUCUUUCUCCUCAUGAGGUGCUUAUACAGUGGGGAGAAUCAUUGUUUUCAUCUGUGGUCUAGUUGGGUGUCUGUUUAUGAGGAGACAUCAAAAGAGCAGGUAAGGUAUUCUUGCCCAAAUGUCAGAAUGAGAAAUAUCACUUAAUCUCCCUCGGUCUGGGGUCAAU